AUGGCUUCUGCAGGCUACCUGCAGGUCAGCCUGAUCUGGGUCGCCUAUGCGAUCGCAGUCGUCCUCGCCCUUAUCGCAGCCGUAAUCACGACUCUUACCUGGCAAGCCCCUCGAGAACGAUCCAUUAUUGUCACAAUCGUCGCCAUCAUCAGCAUAACCUCUCUCCUUGCGACCGUCCUGCUGCUGCCAGUCGAUAUUGCCCUGGUCUCUGCGACGACGUCGAACUCGCUCGGUGCGAAGAAGGACUGGGCCAGCCCCAAGCGGGUGGAGAACAUCCUCUUCACACUCAAAGUCGUCUACUACUCGCUGUACAGCUUCGACGCUCUCUUGUGCCUAGUGAUCAUUCCAUUUUCAUACUUUUGGUACGAGGAAUACGACGAGGUCGAGGAGGAAGAGGGCACACGGGGCGUUGGGGCCAAGCUCUGGGGUGCCUUCAAGUAUACGCUGGGAUUCAUCGUUCUCGUGGUCAUUCUCUUCCUCAUUGGGUUCUUCGUCCCGGCCGCCGGCAACAAGGAAGACCGGCACUUGGACCUCGACUACUUCAAGAAUCUUUUGGCAGAGAACAAUGGCGAGAAGGCUUUGACAUUUGGACUUGGAUUGUUGGUGACACUUGGUACACUGUUGUACGUUUUGUACACAGGUGCUGGCCUGGCGCUCCUACCAGUGUCCCUUAUCAAGUCUGCCCCCUCCAUCUCGGCUCCUCAGCUGUCGGAGACGACAGAAUCGCAGCUGGAAAGUAACAGGGAGCGGCAGAGACAGCUUGAGUUGCGCAACACCGGUCGUCCAGAUGGCCUGCCCCCUAAGGAUCAGCGAGAGAUGGAUAUACUGAUCCGGGAAGAACAGACGUUGGUACGCCGCCAAAGGCUUGCUUCCGAAGCCCGUGGUGAGGGGCAGAGCUGGAUUUACCGGGCUUGGCUUAAGACUGAGGCUGUCUUUCGUCCUCUCAAGUUGAUCGGUGGUAUUCUACUACUUCUUCUGGCCGUCUUGGUCUGGGUUUCCAUGCUCAUCACUGGCAUCGACAAGGCGGCAAACUCUAUCUGCAAGUCGCGCUGCGGUUACAUCCUCGGCCACAUAAACGUCUUCCAGCCCAUCAACUGGCUCUUCGUCAAAACUGCCAACGCAUUCCCUGUCGACUACAUCCUGAUGGCCCUCCUCAUAUUAUUCUUUUUCACGAGCUCCAUCAGCGGCAUCGCGGCGGUCGGCAUCCGAUUUCUCUGGAUCCGUAUCUUCCAAAUCAAGAGGGGCCGAACCACGCCACAGGCCCUCCUGAUCGCCACCGUCAUGUUGGCGCUCAUCAUCCUCGCCAUCAACUACUCCAUCUUUGCCAUGGUGGCACCCGAGUACUCCACAUUCGGCACCCAGCUGUACUGUGACAACCCACCUCGCCACCUUGGUGAGCAGCCCGAUUGCAGUGACCACAAGGAACUCAUCAAGCCUUGCUCCGAGCUCGACGAUAGUCAGGCCGCCAAAGCAGUGUGUACGCCUUCGGUGAUGUCGACAUUCCUCAAUCGCGUGACGCUCAAUUGGCCGGUCUUUGGCGCCGUGGAUUACUGGGCGCAAUUUGCGUUUCUGGGCAUAUUCCUCAUUGUCUUUAUCACGUCUCUGUUCCGAGCGCCCAAGCUAGACCUGGCAGAGAUCGACGAUGAAGCCGAGGCAGACGAGGAGGAAGGUCUUUUGGCAAGCACAGGCCGCCGCUUUGGCGCCACUUGGCAAGAUAUCACGGGCCGUUCCAGGGGCCAGGAUUCUGGCAACAACAGGAACGGCGCCGGCUCUGGUUACGGAACGAACUAG